GUUCAGUUUAACAAGUCAAUUGACGGGCCAUGCACGUGUCAUAUACGAAACCAUUUGCUGCGGCUUACAAUAAAACAGCGAAAGCACAAUCACCAUAAAGAAAGACUGAUCAACGCAAGUCGGUCACUACUUAACGCAACGCAAGUUUGUUUUCACUACAGAUCCAAUUAACACUUCUUUCGAGCAGAUCAUAACCCAAGAGGCAGCUUUGCAAAGCAGAAACCUGAAGUAACGGUCAAGACACCCAACAGGAAAACUCUAAAAAGUCUGAAAUGCCGAAGUCUUUCCUUUUAAAGAGACGAACUCCCCAAAGCCCUACAAAUUCAAGCCAUCAAAUCCUUAAAGAACAAGCAGAAGCAGAAUCAAACAGAAAACUGUUGAAAACAUCCUUUGAAGAACAAACCUACAGACCUCUGUACCAGGAACCAAAGCCAGAAUCUAGAGCGGAACUAUUGGUUCAGAGCUCGGUUUUUCAGGGAGCAAGUUACAAUACAAGAGCUUUGGCCAUAAACGACGAGUUUGUUAACAUUACAAGUGGCCGCCAGUUCUCCAUUUUAAGCCCAUUUUACCACUUCGGAGCUCCUGACAGAUUGGCAAACGCCCUCCAUAUGCAUCCUGCCACAAACGAGCAUUUCCUCUGGAGAAAUGAGCUCAGCUUUCCUCCUACUCCAGCUUGUUGUGAAAUUUAUAAGCGCGGGGUUUCUCUUGUAACUCACCCUUCGAUUGCCAUUCCUGAGAAAGUCAAAGAGCCCUACCAGUGUGAUCAGUGUGGUAAGAUUUUCAAAACCAAAUAUACUUUAGCUAUCCAUUUGAAAAUGCCAAAUCACACUUAUGCGCGGCCAUUCGUAUGCAAUACGUGCGGUAAAGGCUUCCGCUUAUCCUCCACGCUUUGCAGGCACAAGAUUAUUCACACAAAAGAAAAACCUUACAAAUGCCAUGUUUGUGAAAAAGCAUUUAAUCGCUCGUCUACACUUAAGACGCAUAUCCGAACCCACAGCGAUGAGAAAGAAUUCGUUUGCGAUCGCUGUGGCAAAGGUUUCCAUCAGAAGGGAAAUCUACGAAAUCACAUUCUCAUUCAUACGGGAGAAAAGCCCUAUAAAUGCAGCCUGUGCCAGAAAGCUUUUAACAAAUUGUCCAAUUUGAAGUUCCAUAUGCAUGUGCACACGGAUAAUUCGCCAUACAGGUGUAAAUUUUGCAAAGUUUCGUUUUCACGAAGAUGCGAUUUGAAAAGUCAUAUUCAGAACGCACAUGCUGGUCAGGAUGCAAAGUGAGUCUGUAACUUGACUCUAAAGGAAGAGAGGACAUAAACGUUGAAGGUAUUACAUAGUCGGAGGGCUUUUAAGUGAUAUUAAGAGAUCCUAGAUUACAAGCAUCGUAUAAUUACACUAGAUUUUCUUUUUUAUUUUGCUAGAACUUCCUUUCUUUUAGCGUGCAAAGUCGAGGAAAUUUUAUUUUAGUGAGAUACAGAAAACUUAAUUCCUUUGUAAUUUUUCUUGGUAGCUAUUCAUGUAAUUGUAAAUUGUGAAAACUGUAGAAGCACUUGUCAAAUCCUACAAACUGAUAACCCAAAAUAAAAACAGUUUCUUAAUUCUUAAUCAUUUAGUCUAACAAAAAACACUUUUAAAUAACGACAAGGUUCUGUGUUUAGCAGAGGUACUUGUGUUUUCUCUCGUGUCAAGAAUUCGAAGAAUACUUACUUGGCUUAUUAUAAUAAGAAAUAAAGGUAGUUUAGUAGCAUGAGCUGUAGAUAUUUGUACAUAGUCUUAUUUGAAUACUUGUAACCAUAGUUAGCUCGGAUAAAUGUCGAAAUAAAUGUACCCUCCUGUUAAGACUA